UGCAGUGCUCCUGCAGUCAAUGGCUUACCAGGCAGAGAUGGAAGAGGUGGUCCCAAAGCUGACAAAGGAGAACCAGGAGAAGAACUGAGAGGUCUACAGGGUUCAGGAAUAAAAGGCGAUUUAGGACCUCAAGGAGAGAAACUUGGAAGCAGGGUUAUAUGCUCUAAUGAACAGACUGAAGACAGGUUUCUGUAUCUGAAUGGAGGAGCUGUAACUUACAGAAACUGGAAUGCUGAAGAACCAAACAGUCUAAAAAAUGAAGACUGUGAAAUAAUACAGAACUCUAGAAAAUGGAAUAACAUGAAUUGUUCAAAUUCACAUGCCUUAAUUAUUUGUGAGUUCUUGAGCUUAUGAGUCUGAGAAAACCCAAAGUUUUUGCUCUCAGUUAUGUGGCUGACAGAAGUUUGUUUCUAU